ACCAGCGCCAACAACGCGGCCAACUACCAGAUCAACGAGAACUGGGCGGGCGCGGUCUUGGAGUCUGCCCCGGCCGCCAGCGCGACCUACACCUACGUGGCGGCGACCUUCACGCUGCCCAGCGUAACGCCCACGGCGGCGUCCAGCAGCGCGGACACGCAGGCCGUCUCGUUCUGGGUGGGGAUCGACGGCGCGACCGGGGGGAACUCGAUCUGGCAGACGGGGGUGGACAUCUACGUGGACAGCCAGAACGAGACCUCGUUCGCGGCGUGGUACGAGUGGUACCCGCUCAACUCGGUGGACGUGGAGAUGGACUUCGCGAUCGGGGAUGUUGUGUUCGCGUCCGUCGAGGCGACGAGCAGCACGGCCGGCACCGCCGUCAUCGAGAAUCUGACCACGGGCAAGAAGGUGACGAUGCAUGCGACGGCGCCCAGUGAGAGUGCGAAGCUGGAGGGGCAGAAUGCUGAGUGGAUUGUGGAGGAUCUCGCGGUCGAUGGGGAUGGGUUGACGCUGCUGGGCUUUGAGGAUGCGGUGUUCACCGGCUGUGUCGCGAAGACCGCGGAUGGGAAGACCUAUAACCUUGAUGAUGGGGCGGCGCUGUAUGCCGUCCAGGAUACGUAUAGCUCGAGCGUGCAGGCCGUGCCGGAGAUUUUGGGCAGUGAGAAGUUGCAGGUUACUUAUCAGUAG